GUAUGGGAAUAUGUGAUCACCUUCGACCGCGAGGUGGCCCUCGUCUGGAGCCGCAAAGUCAACAGCGCCUCGAUGCUCUUCUUGCUCAAUCGCUACAUCAUGCUGGUGCAGUUUGCGGUGCAGCUCCCGCUCUCCUUCACCAUAUCCGAUGAGGUGGUUCCCCCCCUUGAACUCGCAUCCGUCCCCGCCGCUGAUUUCCCCCCGUGCACAGCGUUCUCUGCCCUUCGUGCCUACGCCAUGAGCAACCGCACCUGGCCGAUCGCCGUAUUGGUCUUCCUUCUCUCCAUCACCACCGCCUGCUACAACAUCACUCUGACGACUUUCGCUCUUAACAGCUGUACGCUUGCACAUAUCGCGCAAGCCGUACUUGCCACUCACUUGUUACCACCUCCAGGGACGACUGCAACGCGUAUUUGCCUCAUCAUUGCCGACGCACUCGUCAUUGGCGUCACCUGGUGGCGGACAUGGCGGUUCCGCGUCUCCGCUGCCCAGGCUAACGUUAGAACGACGUUCCUGCAGCUUCUCUUGCGCGACGGUUCGUGA